UAUAUAUUAUUUCCAUUCUCAAUCCUCAAAUCCAGAACCAAUAUUAUGACUGCUUCACUCCAGCUCAAUCGAAUCAUCAACGAUUCCUCCGCACCAAAGUUUAUGAUCAGAUCAUGUACUCAACAACAACAACAACAACAACAACAAACCGACGACGACGUCCCAGAUGAAGCAAUCCCAUACCAUCCCUUACUACAACUCGACCACCCCAUGAACCACUGUUGGUCCAUCCUAGUCCAAACAAUCGCCGCCCCAAUCGACGCCGUCUGGUCCCUAGUCAGUAGAUUUGACAACCCACAAGCCUACAAAAACUUCCUCAAAAGCUGCCAUCUCAUCCACGGCCACGGCGACAUCGGAACCCUCCGCGAAGUCCACGUCGUUUCCGGACUCCCCGCAGCUUCCAGCACCGAACGACUCGAGAUCCUCGACAACGAACGCCAUGUCAUCAGUUUCUCCGUCGUCGGUGGGGUCCACCGUCUCAAUAACUACCGCUCCGUCACCUCUCUUCAUGAAUGCUCCGGUGGCUCGGCCACGGUCGUCGUUGAAUCCUACGUUGUUGAUGUGCCCCAAGGCAAUUCUAAAGAGGAAACCAAGAUGUUCGCCGAUACCAUUGUCCGCUGUAAUCUCCAAUCGCUCGCUAGAAACGCAGAAAACUCCAUCACAAAUAAACAACACCCAUGAAAACUCGUUUCUUUUAAUUUUUCCUUUUUGGGGUGUAAUUUUACUAAUUUGUAAUUUAAAUUAUACAUUUUUAUUAUUGUAAAACC